AUGCCCACCUACAAGGAAUUCACUGCUUGUAUCGUGGACUCGGAAGGUCAUCCGCUGCCUGAAUUCGCUGUGGAAACCAAGGGCAACGAGGUUACUUGCUGGAUUCCUUCGGAGGCCGGUAAGACAUUCGGAGUACAGUGGAAAGACGACGUGCGCUCGACGGACACAAGAGGAACGGUGUUGCUGGACGGAACCGGGCGCACCUCAAGAGGAAUCCAACGCAGGACCGGCCUGAACGCUACAAGAUGUGACGGCAUAUACACAUCGUCCGUGACGUAUCAGAGAUUUCAAUUUGCCCCCAUGGAGCUUUCUGAUGACGACUCACUUUUAUACCAGAGCGACGCUUUGACGCAGCUUGGCGAGAUCCAGCUCGAGAUAGACCGGGUUGUGGUUCUUGGGCACAAGGCGUUCCACAGUUCAGACGUCAAACUGCCAAGUGAUGGCAAGGUCCAUGAACGCUGCAAGAAGCUGGGGGGGCACCGAAUAAAGUUGGUAGGAGAAGAGAAGGUUGCGCCGACGGGAGUGAUCCAGGUUAAAGGCAUCGGUGGCGGGCCAUGCGUGAAAUUCGUGUUCCGCUACAGACCCCUCGAUUUACUGAAGGCGCAGGGUAUCGCCCCUUACGAGAAGAAAAGUGGACAGAAACGCCCACCUGUGCAAGAACCAGAGCACGAAGCCAACGUGAAGGCGGAAGAUCCAGAUCUUGAACUCGUAGACGACGAUGAAAUCGAGAAAUUGGAGAAUCGCCUCAAGGCACUGCGAGAGAAGAAGAAAGCUCACAACCAGCCCCGGCCGAAGAAAAAGGUUAAAAUCGAGCCUAUCGGCGGCUUUGCAUCGGGCGACUUCAUUGAUCUGACUUAGCGUCGGAAUUGCUGGCGAUGAUUUUGUCCAGGCAGCGCUAUUUUAUGCGAUAUAUAACUAUUCUCAGUAUGCUACUGAAUACCCUGUCUCAGUCAUAAUAUAUCGGAGGAGCAUCGAGC